AUGACACGGAGAGGGACGACCUACCAGGCGUAAAGCUAAUAAAAUCAUCUGUGGCGAUAAUCCGCUCUCAAAUUGGCCUCAAUCGGGAACUGAGAAAAUCUCAAAGGCUUUCUUUCUCUCUCACACACAUACACAUACACAUACACACACACACACACACACAUACACACACGUCCACCCCACGACCAACAUUUUUAGAUUGCUAUGUCGUGACCGGAGCGAUGCAAAUGUCACACGAUUCAUUGGCUACUGUCAGUCUCCGGCACCAAAACGUCAAUGUUUUGAUGGCGUUUGGGUGAAAUUGGCUCAGUGUUGCCCGGCCGCUGCUGUGAGGAGAGGGGGGUCGGUGGAGAGCCGAGGCUUCGUCGGGCUCGCUUCAGCACCUGGACAGCUCCUUCCGCAGGGUUCCCCGCUGCGCUCGCCGGGGAAACCCUCGGCUGAGGAGCGGGACCUGGAUCUGGAUCUGGAGCAGCACACGCAGACCCGGAGGAGACUGCACUUUAGAUGGGGGUCGUCAUUUGAUCAGACUGAAUCACACUUAGAUGCUAAUAUGAUCUUGCCGAGAGACGAUGCUUCUUGCAAUUGAGCUCCAGCCCCUGUUUGGUUUUGCACUGAAAUCUAAGCAGCGCAAGUGGGAGCAGCAGGAGCAGCAGCAGCAGCAGCAGCAGGAGGAGCAGGAGCAGCGGCGGCGGCGGCGGUGGUGGUGGUGGGGUUGCUCGUCCAAUGCAAAAGUGCUAAGGAUAGCUGCAGCCUACACACACUGCGAGCCUGCUGCUGCUUCACUUACUCUGAUCACCACCGAGGGAGACAUUACUAUCAGCAAGGGGGCAGCGGGAGGCACGAUUACCCGUCAACAAUGUAAAUCUCACACAGGUUCAACAUGAAAGCCGCAUCUAUCAGGUGAAAAGGUCAACUGCAGCACUAAAACAGCCACAACUGAGUGGAAACCUUGCGACAACCAUCUCCACAUCGCCCCUCUCCAUCAGUGAGCACCAUGGCAAAUGCUGAGGAAGUGGAGCAGGCAGGUCUGUCGGACUUGGAGAUCAUCUCCCAGCCAGUGGAGGAUGAGAACCAGUGCUUGGCUCCUCCAGUCCAGCUGGUGAGUUUUGGCUACAGAGAUCUGCCCCUCGCAGCUCUGGACCUCUCGCUGGCUGGCUCGCAGCUCCUCUCCAACGCAGAUGAAGAUGAAAACAGGGAAGGGUCCAACUGGCUGAAGCCGUGCUGCGGUCGUCGAGUGGCCCUGUGGCAAGUCUGUCUCCUCAGCGCUGGCUUCAACUGUAUCCUGGUGGCCUGUGUCAUCCUGGUGGUGCUUUUCCUGUCUUUGGAGCUUCUCAUAGACACCAAACUCCUACAGUUUUCCAAUGCUUUCCAAUUUGCCAGCAUUAUCCACUGGAUUAGCCUUAUCAUCCUGUCACUCUUCUUUUCAGAGACCGUCUUCAGGAUUGUAGUGCUCGGGAUCUGGGACUACAUAGAGAACAAAGUUGAGGUGUUUGAUGGUGCUGUCAUCGUGCUGUCCCUGGCCCCCAUGGUGGCCUCCACGGUGGCCAACGGGCCCAGCAGCCCCUGGGAUGCCAUCAGCCUCAUCAUCACUCUACGUAUCUGGAGAGUCAAGAGGAUCAUUGAUGCUUAUGUGCUGCAAGUCAAAGUUGAGAUGGAGUUGGAGAUCCAGCAGUGUGAGAAGACCAAGGCUGUGAGAGAGGAGCAGCUGGAGCGUCUCACUCAGAUCUGCCAGGAACAGGCCUUUGAGAUCCGGCAGCUGAGGGCCCAUCUGGCCCAGCAGGACCUGGACCUCGCAGCAGAACGUGAAGCAGCCAUGCAGAUCCACCACGUGUGGGGCAAACAGGGGAGGAGUUUUCAGGUUGUAGAAGGCUUGACUCCUGGGGAGUCUGACGAUGAGGGCAGCCAGAGGAACCCCAGGGAGCCACGAGCACCUGCAGAUCCAGUUGUACGUGAUGACAUGAACAACUACAUCAGCCAAUACUACAGUGAAGCAAGCAGUGAUGCUGGAGCUUCUGGUUUAGGUGCGCGGGUCAUCACCACAGCAGCCAUUGACGUUCACCUCCCCACCAAUCCAAAUCCCAUCCAGUCAAACCCGAUGCUUGCUAUGGAGCGGGUGGGCAGCGCCGUAAGUGACGCCUCAACCAGCAUAUCACGGUCCAGUGGCAGCCUGACGGCCCGCCCCCACAGCCUGAGUAGCCACACCCCGGGUUCAUCUAUGACAGACUGCAGCAGCAGCACAGCUCAGGACCUCAGUCUGAGCUACAGCACCCACCGCUGCUGCCCGCCUUCCUACUCAGGCCAGGACCCCUGCAGGGACCCCAGCAUGGUGGUGCAGGAGCUACUCUCGUCCCUCUCUGAGGACUCCUGCCUUGCUCAAAAGGGCCUGGUAGUGGACCCUGUCAACCUUAAGCUUCCCAGCCCUACUGGUUCAGAAAAGGCCAGCCCCGAGCUGGACAACAGAAUAAACAUCUUUAACCGCAGGAAUCAGGAGGAGAGACGAGGACGGGGAAGGGGUUGUGUACUGCUGCAGACCAAGCCACUGAUUCACCUGCAGGGCAACACCACUGAGCCGUCCCUGGAGGAGAAGUACCGGCUCCUGGGACCAGCUGACACACCUCUGGGGCACAUGCCUGAUACAUAAGCUACAUUUACACAGAAACAGAAGUCUUUUCUCUUCUUUUACUGCCACCCUGUUUGGCGUAUAUCUGAACUCUUGUGGCAGGUCAAACCUCAUGAGAGGCACAUAAGAUUUAAAAAGUGGAUUUUUCUGUCGCUGUGUAAAUCCAAUCUUAGCCAAUCCAGAGCGAGCUUGAGCCUUAGCUUCCAGCUAACACUGAUGCUCCUUAACUUGACGUGUUCAGAAGUCAUAGCAGAAAUGACAAUAAAAACUCUUGGGCCCUUUGCCACACUGUCCAACCUCCCCUGUUCCUCAAUGAUGGAUUUUUGAAAUCAGAAAUUCCCUGAAAUAGCACAACAACGACUAUAACAUCCCAGUAAAGGGAAGUCUAAUGUGUUCUUGGACACAUUCUUCAUCAGGAAUUCUCACUUUGAAUAGGUCCUAAAUGCACUGAACUUUACAUGAAUUAAAACCAGCAAGGGGCCAUUCAAGCCUAUACUGAACAAAAACUUUAAUUCUGAACUGUGUUGCAAACCAAGACACUGUUCUCUGUUCUUGGGAUUUCAAGCAGUUAAAGGAGUGUUUUCUAUUGCAUUUUACUUGUUAUUAUUUUGUUUCUUUUUAAUUUGUAUGAUCGACUUUAAACACCAAUCAUGCUGUUCUUGGUUUAAACAGCCACAGGGUACAUAAGACUGGCUUAACUAUACAAACAGCCAAUUUGUUUUACCUUUGCCUUUCUGUCACCUAUUUGUUUGAUUUGAAACCAUGGACCUUCAUCAGAUUUUAUUGAAUAGCAUUUUUGUUUUACUUGUUCAAAAAACAUUAGUAGGGUAUAUUUGUGUGGAUGAAAUGAAAAAGGUAAGUGACUGGAAUCUUCACAUGAAACUAGACUGGAGUGCUUGUAGCAUGAACCUUUAAAAGAUAUGUGCCCUAAAUGGCAAGCAAAUUCUUUGCACUUUAAUGUUUACAGACACUUUUGUAAACUUGAUAUGGAGGGAGUUAUUGCCAAAUG